AUGGAUUCACCGUAUCGACCAUCAGUUUUCAUUCCGAGAGAAGCGAAAAACCUCUCAGCUCACGAGUACACGAUUUUGAAGCCUCUUUCUGACAAAUGUCGAAAGUGUCGAAGCGGUACACAAUUUGUCUACUCACCAAUCGCACGACGGAAAUCAGGUCAAUUGCAGGCGAUCGGCCGCUUUUCUUGCUUAAAAAUGAUGUGCAUUCAAACGACAAGCGGUCGAUUGAUCGAGAUUUUCUCGACAAAGAACAAAGAAGUGCACAUUGUGCCAAUCGGGCAAUGCUCAGCAAAUCAAUGCUCAAUCAGUUUGGCUCUCGACGGACCAGCUGAAUCUAAUCAUAUCAAAUUGAGUCCAUUUUUGAUUGCUUCGAGUUCAUUGCCAACAAACUUUGUUCCAUUACCAAUUCGCGGUUUCUCUUGUGGUGGAUGUGAUGAAGAGAUCGCAUUUUGUGUCAAUGAAGAAAUGAGUGAACGGGCGGAUGAAGAGAGCUUCUCUUUCGAGGAAAGCCGAGAUCAAUCCCGU